UUACAUUUAUAGCGUUUUAUAUAAGUUAAGUAUAGUUUUAAUUUAUUUAGAGAUGAAAAUUAUAGCAAUAUAAUCGUAGAUCAUUUAAAAAAGACAUUUCGGAUACAUUAGUUAUGCAUGCCAUUAUUAAUAUUCGCCGCCAUCUUGUUUAUGACAUCACCGGGUGUGUUGCAAAGUUCUUCCGGUAUCUCUGUGUUGGUUGGCUCGGUUACUCUGGGAUACUGUGCUCUGCUGCUGCUCACCCGUAGCCUGCUAAAAACUUAGCUAAACUAUGGAGGAUGAAGUGGAGAGAUUUAGCGAAUCCCACGGCUUUCACCCAAUGGCUUAUGCUUUCGAGCCAAUAGUGAAGGAACUGCGUAGCAUUGCCACUACUGGGCAUAUGGAAGCAGGACUUGGGCUAUGCGAAUCGGUUUCGGGAGGUGAGAGCAGGGUGGGCAACAUUGACUGGUGCAUGUGUAAUCAUUGCCAGCCCCUGUGCACGUCGUGGGAGUCCAAGUGUUGCCUUGAGACUGAUUUGGACCAUUUGAUCGAGGGUGAGACGUGUAUCACCAUGUCUCAGAUGUUCAGCAUCUUCUGCCUUGAAAACGACGUAUUGGAAGUGGCGAUGCCGUCACUACGAGAGGUACGAGGGGAGCCACUGAAGCUGCCCAUCAACAGCAGUCUGUACAGGUUAAUGGCAUACAGGCAGUUCACUCUCUGGGCAAGAGGACACCUGGGGAGGAGAAACAGGAUGCCAAUACCAGCCUGCGUUGUAACCACCAUACGGCGCCUAUACCCAUCGCCACAAUAUCAUGGAUUUGAAUACUCUUUUUAAAUCAAAUAAUAACUAUAUUAUAUGUACAACACUUCAAUUUGAACCACAUUCUUUUGCACUUAACAUUUGGAAUGUGACAGAAUUAUUAUAUUAGCCCACAU